ACUCUUCGGGAACAAGGUGAGCGCUUUCCCUUUGUGCUCUGCCGUUGGCUUGCAGAGUAACGCUGGGAAAACGAAAGAAUAUUCGGUCUUUAUUUGUUUCUUUUGCUUUAAUUGGCUUCUGAGCUGAAAAACUGAUCGUCGAGUUUAUUUACUAAUUAUCGUUCACAGAAUUCAGAAAAUCUCGGAGCUUUAUCACUGAACCAGGUCUUGGCGGCCCCAGUUUUUCUACAGAUUUUGGCAAUUUUAAUUUGGACAGCAGAAGCUGGAAAUGAUUAAAAGGUAUGGAGUGUUUUGAUUUGCUGAAAAUAUCAUGUUGCAGUGCAUAGGGGCAUUUAAGCAUUUUGGUGCUUCCCUACUGCGGUGUUGUGACCUUGAUUUAUACAAGCAAUCAAGAGGACUUGAAGAUCCUGAACUUCUUGCAAGGGAGACAGUUUUCAGUGUAAGUGAAAUAGAGGCACUUUAUGAGCUCUUUAAGAAGAUCAGCAGUGCCGUUAUUGAUGAUGGGCUGAUUACCAAGGAAGAGUUUCAAUUGGCGUUAUUCAAGACAAACAAGAAGGAGAGCCUGUUUGCUGAUCGGGUGUUUGACUUGUUUGAUACAAAGCACAAUGGAAUACUAGGUUUUGAAGAGUUUGCUCGUGCUCUCUCUGUUUUCCAUCCAAACGCCCCUAUUGAGGAUAAGAUUGAUUUUUCGUUCCAACUAUAUGAUCUAAAGCAGCAAGGUUUCAUCGAACGACAGGAGGUAAAGCAAAUGGUAGUCGCCACGCUUGCUGAAUCUGGGAUGAAUCUUUCGGAUGAUGUUAUAGAAAGUAUUAUUGACAAGACCUUUGAGGAAGCUGAUACAAAACAUGAUGGGAAGAUUGACAAGGAAGAGUGGAGAAGCCUUGUUUUGCAACAUCCAUCCCUCCUGAAGAAUAUGACUCUUCAAUACCUGAAGGACAUAACCACAACAUUCCCAAGCUUUGUGUUCCAUUCACAAGUCGAUGAUACCUAAACUUGAGAAUUGCACCGAAAUUCAGAAGGCUUUCUUAAUCAUGGUUGGUUUGUCUCUACAAACUUGUGCCCGCACACGUAUGAAGGGCCCUAAAGUGUUUACAUCAUUUCGAUUUUAGUUGUUUAUUGAGGAUUUUAUCCAAUGACCGGAUUUUCACUUCACAAUAGAUGUGGGCUUAUACAUUGCAAGUUGCAGAAAUAAUAGGUUCAAAUUUAAUAAAAGAUCUCAAUUAUUAA